AUGCACUCUACGUUUUUAUUUCUUUAUUUUUUGUGUACUAUAGGUGUUCUUUGUGAAAACAGCAACAUAUCAUCAACAGAUGGGCAAUACUUAUUCGAUUUCACAAAAAACGACGAUGUCUACGACUGGCAGGAACAAUCAGAUACAGUACGCAGUGUAGGAAUGUCCAAAGCAGUCUUUGUUUUACAUCAAAACACACAGUUCAGGCGGGCAAUAUUUUUUGCGCUUCUAAAUCCACAACUAAAUGGAGCAGGCUUUGCUGGUAUUCGAUCUCUUGGGUAUCACGAUCUGUCGAACUUUACGAAGCUUCAAAUUAUGUGCCGUGGACAGGGCCAGUUUAAUGGGUUUAAAAUAGUUUUAAGGCACAAAGGGCUUAAUGAUGAACCAAAUUACUCCUUUGAACAAUAUUUCCAGGCACCCAAAGAUGAGUUCGCAGUGAGGAGUCUACCCUUCUCCGAAUUCAAAGCGUAUUAUAGAGGAAAGAGAGUAAAUAAUAAUGAGACGCUUGAUACAUCGCAAAUCACAAGUAUUGGCAUUCAAAUGUAUGGAGGUGUUUAUCAGCCAGUGAAACAAAAAGGACCGGCCACACUAGAAGUGGAUUGGAUACGGGCUUUGUAA